AUGGGCUGUCUGGGAGGGCAGACGGAGGAAGAACGACUGGAGGAAAAAGCCAAGAGAGAAGCCAACAAGAAGAUCGAGAGACAGCUGCAGAAAGAGAGACAGGCGUAUAAAGCUACACACAGACUGCUACUGCUGGGAGCAGGAGAAUCAGGUAAAAGCACCAUCGUGAAGCAGAUGAGGAUCCUUCAUGUUGACGGUUUCAACGCUGAUUCUAAGAAGCAGUUGAAGACUCAAGACAUCAGGAAGAAUGUGAAGGACGCCAUCGUGACCAUCGUGGCUGCCAUGAGUACGUUGACUCCGCCCAUUCCUUUGGGUAACCCUGGUAACGAGUCCAGACUUGACUACAUCAAGAGCAUCGCACUACUUUCUGACUUUGAAUACACAGAGGAGUUCUUCGAGCACACACAGAAGCUUUGGGAGGACGACGGCGUGAAGGUGUGUUUCGAACGCGCCAACGAGUACCAGCUGAUUGACUGCGCUCAGUACUUCCUGGACCGGCUGGACUCAGUCAGGAGGACGGACUACACCCCUACCGACCAGGAUUUGUUGCGCUGCAGAGUUUUGACUUCGGGGAUUUUUGAGACCAGGUUUCAGGUGGACAAGGUCAACUUCCACAUGUUCGAUGUUGGCGGACAGCGAGACGAGCGCAGGAAGUGGAUCCAGUGCUUCAACGAUGUAACGGCCAUCAUCUUUGUGGCGGCCAGCAGCAGCUACAACAUGGUGAUCCGAGAAGACAACUCCACCAACCGGCUUAGAGAGUCUCUGGACCUCUUCAGAUCCAUCUGGACCAACAGGUUCCUGAAGACUAUCUCAGUGAUCUUGUUCCUGAACAAACAGGACGUCCUUGCUGACAAGAUUCUGGCUGGAAAAUCUAAACUGGAGGAUUAUUUUCCCGAAUACAUCAACUACCAAGUACCUGCUGAAGCUGUUCCAGAUGCUGAUGAAGACCCCAAAGUGAUGAGAGCCAAGUUCUUCAUCAGAGAUGAAUUUCUGAGGAUCAGCACAGCGAGUGGCGAUGGGAAACAUUACUGUUAUCCUCACUUUACCUGCGCCAUCGACACUGAGAACAUCCGCCGCGUCUUCAACGACUGUCGUGACAUCAUCCAGCGAAUGCACCUGCGGCAGUACGAGCUACUCUGAUUGGCCACUAGGAGCUCGUCUGGCCCCGCCCCCUCCUGGACUGAGACAUGUGACCUGAAGACGCUCAUCCGAUAUGUAGUUCAAGCUGAUAGGUGAUCAAAACUCAUAGAUCCUGAUAUAUUUACACUUUAUACGAUGUGUCACGCUGCCGUUGUUUUGGGCUUUUAUUGAUUUGUGAUUAUUGAUUAUUGCUAUGUAUUUCUCUCUCUGGUGCAGGGGGUAGUGUAGUGCUGUCAUUAGGGAGUGGGUGGGCGUUUAGUAAAGUAUUUUGAAUUUAAAUAUAUUUGUUCAUGUUUUUAUUAUUAAUAUUA